AUAUAUGCUGUGUAGGUUAGCGUUUCAGUUUGAGCCUUUCAAGGCGAGCUUAAGCAAAUAUGAGGCCGCAUUUUGUACUUCUGUUCUUCUCCGUUCUAUUUCUUCUUCUGUUUGUGUUCAAAGCUGGAGGAGCCCCAGCUCUAACCAAGAAGCCUUCGAACAACUCAUUUACGGCUAUUUUGGUAUUCGGAGACUCCACGGUCGAUCCCGGCAACAACAACUACCUUCAAACUAUUUUCAAGAGCAAUUUCCAACCUUAUGGGAGGGACUUUCCGAAUCACAUUCCCACCGGAAGGUUUUCCAAUGGCCGCCUCGUUACGGAUUUUGUAGCUUCAUACGUGGGUAUCAAGGAGAAUGUGCCAGCAUAUUUGGAUCAAAGUCUUAGCAUCGGGGAGCUGAUGACCGGAGUUAGUUUCGCAUCUGCUGGCUCUGGAUUUGACCCCCUCACAGCACAAAUAGUCGGUGCAAUUCCAAUGCCAAAGCAAAUGGAAUACUUUAGAGAGUACAAAAAUAGACUGGAGCUUGCCAUUGGAAAGCAAAGAGCCCAAAUCCUAAUCAAUAAGGCCGGGAUCAUAAUAAGCGCCGGUACCAAUGACUUCAUUGUCAACUAUUUUGGCCCACCAAUUCGACGUCAAAGCUACACCGUUUCAAGCUACCAACUCUUCUUGCUUCAGAACCUCCAACAUUUUAUCAAGGAUCUGGCGGACGAGGGGGCUCAAAGAAUAUUCAUCGUUGGCUUACCUCCAAUGGGCUGCGUGCCUGCUGUUAUCACCCUUAACUCUGGUGGUUCCCGUAAACGUGGUUGUAUUGAAUCAUUAUCCUCCGUCGCCAGAGACUACAAUCAACUGCUUCAAAAUCAGUUGAAAGCCAUGCAGCAGACUCGUGGACGCCAGAUCUUUUAUGCCGACAUAUACACACCGAUGGUCGAUAUCAUCCAACGCCGCAAGUUUGGGUUUGAUGUGGUGGACAGAGGCUGUUGUGGGACUGGUCUAUUAGAAGCCUCGUUCUCGUGCAAUCCAGAAUCACCUACUUGCACUGAUGCCUCCAAGUAUGCAUUUUGGGAUGCAAUACACCCAACAGAGAGUACCUACUACAUCAUCUUCAAGUCUCUAGCUCCCACCAUUGAUUUCUUUCUCAAGCAUAAAUAAUCAUAUGUUUAAGCUCUUUCACCAAAAAUUCAAAAGGAAUAUAUUUUAAACUCGUUAAUUUAAAAAAAAAAUGCGUACAUAUAAUACCAAUUCUAUUAUGUCACAGCAGUGGCAUUUUGGGGGGCAUUUGUGUAAGGGAAAUAUGUGCUACUAACGGAAUUUGUCAGAAUUCCUAAACAUAAAUGUUGUGGUCUUUUGUCGUUAAGUUGCUUGAUGAAUAAAAUGGAGUUGUUCAUUCGUAGCA